AUGGCACGUGAAAGAAUAAGCAUUGCCUACAAAGAUUGGCAUGAAGUUCCAACAGGAGUGUUAGAUGAAAAGGGGUUUUAUGUUCUUGAGAAUCGCAAAGGUUAUGUACUAACACGAGCAUCGAUUCGAUGGAAAGCUUUCAAGACUAGAUUAAGAACCACGUGGCUAUAUAAAAGAGAUAAAACACUUCGUCAAAAGCCACCACACAAGUAUCCUUUUAUAUGUGAAUCAGAUUGGGAUACCUUUGUUCAAAUCUGCACUUCUGAUGAAUUUAAGGAAUUGAGUGAAAAGAAUCGUGAAAAGGCAAAGAAGAAGUCCUCAAGUUAUCGUGGCGGUAGACUUGGGUACCAAUAUUUUGAAGAGGAGAUUGUAAAAGAACUUGAAAAGCAAGGAGUCCAUGUGUCACAAGUGUCGCGACAUCUAACUUGGAUUAAAGCUCAUUCUCAUGUCAAAGAUGGAGUUAUAACAUUUGACAAUCUUGCUGAUAAAGAAAUCCAUGAUGCAAUAGGUCAAGUUCAAAGAGGUGCAAUCAUUGUUAGGGGUCGAGGUGAUAUCUUAGCCAAAGCAAUUCAUAAGAGUGAGCAUGGUGGUUUAGUGAGAGGUGUUGGUUCAGGCAUUACAGUGAAGGAUUAUUUUGGUUAUAACAAACCUGCUCCACCCAGCCAAUUGCAUGCUGAAAUAGGCAUGAUGAAAUCGAAACUUGUCUCCAUGGAUAACAGACAAAAUUUUAUGAUGUCCUUCUUGAUGUCAUGCUGCAGCCAAGAGCAAAUAAAAUCUUUCACGGCUGUUGGAGGUCAACAGGUUGGUUUAGGUGGAUUUUUUGGUGGCGACAAUACUUCUAGUAGUUUGGAUGCUGGGUUUGGUGGCCUGACAGGUGGGUCAGGUGGGUUACGUGGGUUUGGUGGUGUAGGGUUUCAUAGUGACCCGACACUACGCGGAAGGAAACCCACCAAGACCCGCCCCUUAAUUAAAGUAAUUAAACAAGCAUAA